AUGCGACAUAUUUCCUGUGAAAAAGUAUUUUUCUGUGGUUGUUUCUUUGCCAUAGUAUUCAUCAUUUUUAAUUUAUCCGUAAAAAGCAAAGGAAAAACUGAAUAUCUAAGGGAAGAUCAAUUGAAGUUCAUAUUGGAGUGGACAUCACCGAUGAAAGAACCUUUCUUGUUUCUGGGAAUUGGUCAGGAAGGAUUCAAGCGACGACGCUGCAAUUACACCAACUGUUAUAUUACAUCCGAUAGAUUUUUACUGCGCGAUAUGAGAGAAUUCGAUGUCGUCCUAUUCCACGGGCCAGAAAUUAAUAGAAAACGUAGUAAAUUGCUUGACAUAAGGUCGCCACGUCAGAAAUUUGUUUACGCUUCAAAGGAAUCGUCUCAUUACUACCCUAUUUGUUCAAACAAAUUGGAGAACUACUUCAACUGGACAUGGACAUACAGACUAGAUUCUGACGCAAGAUGGGGUUACAUACUGGUCAAAGAUAGAAAUGGCACAGUUAUUGGGCCUAAUAAAAUAAUGCAUUGGUUGAAAUUAGAAGAAAUGGAACCCGUAGACUUAAUGUUUAAAGAAAAGUUGAAAAGUAAAAAAAAGGCAGCCGCGUGGUUUGUCUCCAAUUGCAAAGAUUUGUCUGGAAGAAAGAAAUUCGGAGAAGCAUUGAAAAGGCAACUAAAGAAAUAUAACCUUGAUUUAGAUAUAUAUGGAGCCUGCGGGUCUAUGUCAUGUUCCCGUGAUGAAGAAAAGGAAUGUGAUAGCGAGAUAGAUGAAAUAUAUUAUUUUUACUUGGCCUUUGAAAAUUCUUUCAGUGAAGAUUACGUAACAGAAAAAUUAUUACAUGCUUUGAAGAAUAAUGCAGUACCUGUCGUUUAUGGUGGCGCCAAUUAUUCAAGAUUCAUGCCAGAAGGAAUUUACUUAAACGCGAGGGAUUUAGGAGUUAAAAAGUUGGCGGCCAAAAUGAAUGAACUCAUUCAAGAUCCAGAUAAAUACGCGGAAUACUUCAGAUGGAAGAAUCACUACUCGUUCCAUUCCAGAGAUGAAUAUGACAGUGCGCACAAUGAGUACUGUGAAUUUUGUGCGCUAUUGAAUGAUGAAGCUAGAAUGUCAGAAGUCACGACGAUAAGCAAAUUUAAAGAAUGGUGGAAUAAACCCGAUUCCUGUUGAUAUUUUGACAGGAGUCUUAAAAAACACGCGAAUAUAGCAAUUGAUACGCAUGUCUGGACAUGGAACUUCCAUCCAAUAGAAGACCACAAUAAAAGAUUAAAGGACACCCGUCUAGCCUAUGAAGACCGCUUACCAUCCAGCAACAUGCCUAUUUGCUAUGCUUUUUACUUCAAAAAUACGUAAUAAGGUAAUAUUAUUACAAUAGUUACGUCCAUUUUAACGCCUUUUUCUAUCUAAACUUGCGUCUUACUUUGUAUUCAGUUACAUCUUACUGAAAACUUGCUUACUGAGCAAAUUUUCUUUGUGGUCAUGUAGGCAAUUAAUGGUAUUACGUUAAUUCCCUUAAUCCUAAAUGUAAAACAAACAUAAAUUUCAUCCGUUAAAGAGAUUACUGUUGAUUCAGAAAGCAAUAUGCAAACAUGUGAAGGUAUGCCAAUAUUUCUUUUAUUUUUGUUAUCCUUACGAUACAGUAACAUUUUGAUUGUUAUUAUUUAUUUAACUGUAGCAUAAAUUUUAACUUAGACUACACUAAAAGGUUUAUUUCUGUUAUAACCUAUUUCCCAUAUAUCAACCCGAACCCUUUUAGCUUUUUGUAUGGGACACAUAAUUAUAGAUCCAUAAUCAUAAUACGUACAGUUGAUAUGGGUUCAUAACUGACCUUAAGAACAGUGAUAGUAAAUAACAUAAAAAA